GGUAACGUUAAUAUAAACAAAGAAAAAGUCCAGUGCGUCAAAUUCAAUUGCGGCUCGCUACGUUACGUAUCGUAGAGGAAACCCAUCUAGCUACUUAAUUAGGGUUUAGCAUGAUUUCAUAGAUUGACUUGUUAUAGCCUAUUUAACAGUAAAAACACUAUUUGUUUCUCGAUUUCAUCAGGCUCAGCUCAGAGCAGCAUGUCUUAUGCACAGUCUCCCAAAAAGACGGGACUACCAAGAGAAGUCGUGAAAUGGCUGCAAAGCCUCGACUUGUCAUUUUAUCCGAAGAAUGUUCGCAGAGAACUUUCCAAUGGUUAUCUUGUGGCAGAGAUAUUGUCUCGUUAUUACCCGCAAGACUUUCCAGUGCAUUCAUAUGACAAAGGAACAUCACUUUCUGCCAAACAGAGGAACUGGAGCCAGAUAGAGAGGUCUUUACAGAAGCAGAAUUUGCACUUGAUGAAAGAGGUAAUUGAUGGAUCCAUCCACUGUAAACCAAGAGCAGCUGAACUGUUGGUGCAGGAGGUUUAUACUAUUUUAACUAACAGGAGCAUCAGAGAUGUUCAGGGCCCAGAGUCAGACUUCACUGACCAGGAGUACCAGGAGCUUCUACCCACACUGGCCCGCUCCACGGCCUCCAAGGCCAUCAAGAACAACCUGAGGAUAACAGAGAUCAUGGCUGAGCCCGAUAUCAGCACAAACCAGAGGAAGGCAGAAGUCAUCCUAAGCAAGCACCUGGACCACAAGGCUGCAGAGAGGGUUUCUAACCCUGGACGUUUUAAAGUGAAGCCUAAUCUGGGUCGGCCGGCAGCCAAAAAUCUUGUGACAUCCAGCUGCGGCGAUGACACUACAUCAAAGUUCUGCUCCUCGUCGACAUGGAGUGGUGCUGCUGUUUCCUUUAAGGAAAUAAAGGUGCACCAGCCUGCCAGGCGCUCCCUGGUUAACUAUUAAAGGAACUGGAUGGAGUGCUAUAAUUGUAUGUUAAGUUUUUCAAUUUAAAAACAAAAGUGUGAUUUCACAUCAUUUUGGACCAUUAGUAUUACCAUAUCUGUGUCAUAAACAGUGAAAAAGCUAGAGGAGAUACUAAAUACAAAAACUAAAAAGCUAUCAAUCAUUAGAUCUGAGAAAAAUCGUUAAGUUAGUUUUGAUGCUCACAUUGAUUUUACAUUAAUUCGGUUUAGGUGGUGCCCAAAACGGUUUGGGUGCUGCACCAAAGUCUUAUAAUGAUAGGGGAAACACUGGUAUGUGUGUGUAUUUGUGUGUGUGUGUGUGUGUGUGUGUGUGUGUGUGUGUGUGUGUGUGUGUGUGUGUGUGUGUGUGUGUGUGUGUGUGUGUGUGUGUGUUUCACUUGAUGUAUUGAUAUAUUUUUCACAAUUAUUCAAAGCAUAGCCUAUGUUGGAGUAUACUUUGUUUUCGAAGACAGAGGACGUCACUGUUUGUUAUGGCUUAUGUAAUGUUCUAGUGCCUCUUUCAUCAUUUUUAGGCCAUGUCUGUUUGGACCAGUAGGUGGCAGCAACAAGUCACGAGCAGAGCUCUUUUAGACUCAAACUCACUGCUAUAGGUGUACCAUUGACAAAAAGAAGAAAUAAAUGCAGCAGAAAACUGAACCUCGGCCUUGCUGUUCAUAUGUUUGUGUUGUUCACUGUGCUAUUCCAGAGUUCCUUUGCCCUUUAAUGAACAUGCAUCUUCCCUUCUUUACCAUCACUGAGGCAACAGACAUUUUUCUCAAUCUGCAUUCUAAAAAAUUAUGAUCAGCCACCUGCCAAAUCCUGGUAAAAUUAUGCUUCAGAUUAUUACAUUCACUUUGGUAGGCACCACUUUAGGUAACUUAUAACUGAUUCCCAGUGACAUAUAGACAUUAAAGCUUGUUUCUCAUUUAAUCAUUAAUGUUCCAAAUUGUAUAGCCCUUGGUUGAAUAGAUUUCAGCACCUGUAUGGACUGGUGUCUACAUUUAAGGUAUAUUUAAUGAUGCUGUUGAUAACUAAAGGCUUCAUAUGUUUUUCUAUUGAAAUGUCAAUAAAACUUUAAUCCAUGAUAACACAUUAAAUGUGCUGACACAUUUUGUGCCACCUAGAGCAGCAGAAGAAGCUAAUUGUGGGUAAAAAUGCCAUAUCUAUAAUAAAGAUUGUAUUAAAAACUUGUCAAAAAGGAGAUGAUGGGAAGAUGUAUUAGCUUACUCAUGGUUUGCAUACUGGAA